CAGCUUCUCGGGCCGCGGGCGUGACCGCUGCUCGCCCCCCGCAGACAGCGCCGAGUGGACGGCGGAGCUUUGUUUGCGUCGGGCAGGGGCCUGCUGGUCUGCGGGGGUUCGGCUGCGCCCCCCGCCUUCGGCCGGCCGGGGAAGGGCGGCCGUGCAGGAGGAGGAGGCCCCGCAGGAGCAGGACGGCGCGGGGCCUGCACGGGCCGCUAAGCCGGGGAGUCGCGUGAGCGCCGCCCGCCGGGCCGGUCCUCCCCGCGCGCCCAGGCCUCGGGGCCAGCGGUUCGGCUCGGGGUCCGCCGGGACGCGGCCCUCUGAAGGAGUAAACAGGUCAUGGCACGCUUAACAAAAAGACGGCAGGCGGACACAAAAGCUAUCCAGCAUCUUUGGGCAGCCAUUGAGAUUAUACGGAAUCAGAAGCAAAUUGCCAACAUUGACCGUAUUACAAAGUACAUGUCUCGAGUCCACGGUAUGCAUCCAAAAGAGACCACUCGUCAGCUGAGCUUGGCUGUGAAAGAUGGUCUUAUUGUGGAAACGCUAACAGUGGGCUGCAAAGGUUCAAAAGCUGGUAUCGAACAGGAAGGAUAUUGGUUGCCAGGCGAUGAGAUUGCCUACAGUAUGCAGCCUUUCUCCAGGACAGCAACCCCAAACAAGGACUGGGAAACAGAAAAUCAUGACUGGUAUUGUUUUGAAUGCCAUUUGCCUGGAGAGGUGUUGAUAUGUGACCUGUGUUUUCGUGUGUAUCAUUCCAAGUGUUUGUCUGAUGAGUACAGGCUUAGAGACAGCAGUAGUCACUGGCAGUGCCCAGUUUGCAGGAGCAUCAAGAAGAAAAAUACGAACAAGCAGGAGAUGAGUACGUACCUGAGGUUCAUCGUCUCCCGCAUGAAGGAGAGGGCUAUUGACCUUAAUAAAAAGGGGAAGGACAACAAACACCCCAUGUACCGGCGGCUGGUGCACUCGGCGGUCGACGUCCCUGCCAUUCAGGAGAAAGUGAACGAAGGGAAGUACCGAAGUUACGAAGAGUUCAAAGCUGAUGCUCAAUUGCUUCUCCACAACACAGUGAUUUUCUAUGGAGCAGACAGUGAGCAAGCUGACAUAGCAAGGAUGCUCUAUAAAGACACAUGUCAUGAGCUGGAUGAAUUACAACUUUGCAAGAAUUGCUUCUAUUUAUCAAAUGCUCGUCCUGACAAUUGGUUCUGCUAUCCUUGUAUACCUAAUCAUGAACUGGUUUGGGCUAAAAUGAAAGGUUUUGGAUUCUGGCCGGCCAAAGUCAUGCAGAAAGAGGACAAUCAGGUUGACGUCCGCUUCUUCGGUCACCACCACCAGAGGGCCUGGAUUCCUUCUGAAAACAUACAGGACAUCACAGUCAACGUUCACCGGCUGCACGUUAAGCGCAGCAUGGGCUGGAAGAAGGCCUGUGAUGAGCUGGAGCUGCAUCAGCGCUUCCUUCGUGAAGGGAGGUUUUGGAAGUCUAAGAACGAGGACCGAGGGGAGGAGGAGGCAGAAUCCAGCAUCUCCUCUACCAGUAAUGAGCAGCUAAAGGUCACUCAAGAACCGAGAACAAAGAAAGGACGACGUAAUCAAAGUGUGGAACCCAAAAAAGAAGAACCAGAGCCUGAAACAGAAGCAGUCAGUUCCAGCCAGGAAAUCCCCACGAUGCCUCAGCCAAUCGAAAAAGUUUCUGUAUCAACUCAGACCAAGAAGUUAAGUGCCUCUUCACCAAGAAUGCUGCAUCGAAGCACCCAGACCACCAGUGACGGAGUGUGUCAAAGCAUGUGCCAUGACAAAUACACCAAAAUUUUCAAUGACUUUAAAGACCGAAUGAAGUCUGAUCACAAGCGAGAAACUGAAAGAGUCGUACGAGAAGCUCUAGAAAAGCUGCGUUCUGAAAUGGAAGAAGAAAAAAGACAAGCUGUAAAUAAAGCUGUAGCAAAUAUGCAGGGUGAGAUAGACAGAAAAUGUAAGCAAGUAAAGGAAAAGUGUAAAGAAGAAUUUGUAGAAGAAAUCAAGAAGCUAGCAACACAGCACAAACAACUAAUUUCUCAGACCAAGAAGAAGCAGUGGUGCUACAACUGUGAGGAGGAGGCCAUGUACCACUGCUGCUGGAACACAUCCUACUGCUCAAUCAAGUGUCAGCAGGAGCACUGGCAUGCGGAACACAAGCGCACCUGUCGCCGGAAAAGAUGAAGGCUGGUUCUUUCUGGAGAAUCACUGACGAUUAUUCUUCUCAGACACAGCGGUUUUUGUUUCCAAGAAGCCAAAAUUGUUUAGAAUUUGCUUCCCAUUUUGCACCAGCCUUUAAACACUUUUCGUGAAGAAAUUUUGCACAGUAGUUAAAUCUUUUGUUAAUGCUCCUCUGGAGUUUUUCAGGGGGUAAAAGUAACAUCAGUGGAGGGUAUUAUUUUAAAUAAAUUUUAAUUGAGAGUUUGUUGCAUUUUCAGCAAAUUUUAAAACAUUUUUAGGUUUUACAGAGAUUUUAACCUUUAAACAACAGAUCUUUAAAAAAAACAGCAGGUGAAUACGAGUGAGUUUAACAAAGAAACAUUUAAAAUAGAUCUGAAUGUAAGAACUACAGAACUGUUUCAGAAAUAAAGCAUACUACCUUGAUGUGAAAUUUAUUUCUUAACCUUGUUGAGCUGGUUUUGUUCAGCUUAAUUUACUGUUUAAAGGCAUUAUCUAUUGGUUAUGCCAGUGGGUAUAUGAUUGAUUGAAUUUAGGGAACAGGGUUGACACAGCAGGUGCUAGUCCUGCAUAUUUUUUCUUAAAUAUUUCCCAAUUGUGUUUUUCAUUAUUUCUUUUCAAUAUAUAACUUUUAUAACAAAUUAUUAGCUUUGAUCUUGUAGUUUAAAAUUGCAGGGAACUGGGGUAAUCUUUUACUGAGCUGGAUCUUAGAGAAAAUGAAUAUUUAAAUUUUAAAGUUUGCACAUUUCAUCUUUGUCCUAACAUGAGUGCUUGUAACAAAAUAAACAAAAAUAAAAUAAAAAGCCAAAAACUACCUUUAUCCAUACAUGAAAUUAUAGAUGAGGCAUACAAAUUUCUUUAAUGCUUCCCUUCCCUCCCCAAAUAUCAUCUGAUUGAUUGCCUAUUAUCUGGUGUCACCUCUUACAUUGUAAGUAAGUUAAUACUGAAAGGAAAGAAAGCACUUAAGUUUCACAGAAGCCGUUAUGUUUGUAGUAGUGGGUCAUUGCCUACUAAUGAACUCCACCACUGUACACAGAAUGAAGAAUAAUGCAUGUUAAUUUUCUUGUAUUAAAGAUGCCGUGAUUUGUAAAAAGUCUGUAUUUUGCGGAAUGUCUGGAUUAAGAAGCAUUACCAAUAGGAAUGGAUCGAUAGUUGAAUAAUGAUUUUUUUUAUACAUAGACAUAUAAAAUACAGCCAGGAAAACUUAAAUUACUUUUUACAAAAAAAAAAACAAAACUCAAUUUAUGUUUUUUCAAAGACUGAUCUUAGACCAAGUCAAAAUAAAUUCCCAUUUAUCAUUUAUUUUUAAGGUUAGAGAAAUAAUUUGUAAAUAUUUAUUUAGACCUUUGAUAUUUAUUAAAGCAAUUAAUUACACACCAUGUAAGUGAGAGAAUCAGGAGAAAAACCUUUUAAAAAGUUUUCUCCAGGUUUGUCAGGGUCACUCUAAAGAGCCUUCUGUGAAAUGAUCAUCCAUCCAGUCCUGAUGCUGUUACAGAUGGUGGUGACACAAGUUAAUCGACAAGCUACUGCCCAGUGGUGCCCAAUGGCUUGUAGGAUCUGCCCAGUAGCCCCAUUUCAGCACCGUACCUGGAUUACGCAGGGACUCGGCAUUCUCGGUCCCUCCUUGUUGCUGUGUGAUUUGUCAGUGUUGCCACGGUGCCGUGGUCUGAGCGAGACGACGUAACCACGAACACUUAACCUUCUCUGAUUGAUUGAUUGUUUUUCAAGUUUUAAAACUUCGAUCCACCCCUAUGAGAGCAAGUUAUUGUGGAACUAUUUUUGGUGUAAAAUCAUUCCAGAGUGUGUACUAUUUACCGAUAGCUGCAUGAAAGUAAGAUUCGUGUUACUUUGGCUUUUUUGUCUCCGUUGACACGGUUGCACAUUUCCAAGUUACUACAGCGUGAAAACUGUGUGUUAAAAAAAAAACAAAAAACAAAAUUAAAAAAAGAGAUUGUGGCCUGGUUUUGUAAAAGUUUUAGGUAAAAUUACAAUUGAUUGUUUUAGGAA